UUUCCAUACUUCGUUUUCAUUUCUUAACAAUUUGUUGACUUCGUUUUUCAUGGGCGCAGCCAUGUUUGUUCAUGCUUCAAUUAUGAUCAGUUUUGAUGCGCACAAGACGUGGCAAGCGAAGCAGGCAAUAAACAUGUGAAUGGCCAUGGGGAAAUGGAAUCAAACCCUGAUGUCAUACCAGAUUACUAUGCAAGAGAUUCAAUCACGAAUGACCUUACAAACAUUGACUCAUUUGAACUAUUGGUUUCAUAUGACACAGACAUAGAGCAUUGGCAAACAAGAGAUUCAUCAACAAGAGGGUUAGCUGCAUUCUUUCAAAUCAAUAGUGAAAAUUUAAGCAGAACUUCAGACCAAAGACAAGAUAAUCCACUUGUGCCUUUUAGCGAAGACCAACCAAAUUUAAAUCAAGAGCACAACCAUCCAAGAAGUGUUUCAGGAAAUAUAAUUGUUCAGGGAACUCGAUCCCUCCCGUCUUCCAAUCCAGUGCCAGAAAGAGUUCCUAAAAUUGAACAGUCGCAGACUAAAGCUAAUGAUACUUUUGCAUUGACAGAGAGAUGCCAAAGGUCAAAUCCCAUUGGAGAUACUUUCCUUGACUCAGAUGUAGUUCUGGUAGACUCAACAGUUGGUGAUUCUUCACUUUUUCAUGUUGAUGAUAGAAAUCAACAAAUAACUCUUGCAUCAUCAAUUAGAGAAACACUACAGGAAAUAAACCAACAGAUUCACAGUCACGGUACACAAUCAUUUCAAACAGAAAGUAAUUUGUCUUCUCAAUUAUCAACUUACAGAGGUCCUCUUUCAGAAUCAGAGCCUGUAUCUCAAAGUUUGAACAGGUCACUAGAUUCUAGUGGUAUUGGAAGUUCCCAAGUUUCUAGGUCAGGAACUCAGGAAAUUGUUCAAACAGAAAGACCACAAGCUUUGCCAAUUUUAGGAGAAGAUUUUAUUGAUGCAUCGGAUUGGACAACCGCAAGAUAUUUACGAAUUGUCACGCCUCAGAGAGAUAAUAGUUAUCAUUCAGAACACAAGAGAAUUCGCCAGUCCUCUUUGGGUCCAAGUGAGGGAGAUCCAUUUGAUUAUUUAACCAGUGCUGGUGAGAUUAAUCUUCUAGAAAGUCCAUCAGAAGACUCAAGCUUUGAACGUCUGCGGCUUCAGAUUGGAGGAUCGGAGUCAGAACUUGAAGGAUCAAUAUCUGAAGAUCUCCCAAAUGCAAGUCAGAUAUUAACGGACAAAGAAAAACUUCUUCAGGCUUUUGCAGACGAAAACUUCGCUGCAUUGCCAUCCAGUCCUGGUAAACAGGAGAUAAAUCGAGGUCAAUCGAUCAAGAAAAUCAACAAGGAAAUUAGUGAUCUGGAAAAAGAAAUCAAGAACCUUGUAGUGGAGAUAUACUCUGGUCGAGAACCUGGAUUCUUGCCACUUCCAGGGUCAGAAUCUGGUAUAGAGAGUCCUCAAGGAUCACGAUACGAAGGGAUUCCUCUAGAACAUACAGCCAACUUUGGUUUGGUGAACCCUGAGCAGAACAUAGGCCUACCUUUGAACCAUAGUUACUCAGAAAAAGGCAUAAUGAGUUUAGAACCAAAGACAUCCCCUGAUACUUCACUGACCCCGGUGGGUACAAUGAGUCCAGGCUCAUCUUUUGGAGAUGUGAAAGUAGACAGCACGGCAGAGGCCAUAGCAUUACAGAAAUCUGUAGUUGGUAAUUCACAGGUUGAGCCUGCAUCACCUGAGCAGAUUGCCGCUGUUAUUGCUCAGGUGCAGAGGCAGAUGAAACAGCAGCCUGGCUCAUCACCAGAGCCAAGUAAAACCAUGGAGAACAACCCAUUUCAAAGCCGAGAACAUGCUUCAUCCCCGACAGCAAUUCACACGGGUGUAGCUCCUGUAGGUGCCCACUCAAUGCAGAGGAACCUUAUACCAACUCCCAUAGUCAAUGGUUUCUCGCCACCUUUAUCAGAAGAAAUUAAAAGACCUCUGGUUUGGCACCCGCCAACAAAUCCACCUGUACAAGAAGACAGUAGGAAGUCUGGAGAAGCAAGUGAGAGUGCACAAAAAAAAAAAAGUGAUGGUCCACCCAAGCCAGUCACAAUAUAUAAUCGCCCCCGUACUUUAGUUGGACAAAACACUGGUCUUGCAAUAAAUUCUGCUCUUGGAUCUUCCAAUCAUCCUGGUACAAAAAUUGAACGUGUGUUGUUUCGUAGUCCUGUGCAGUCUGUUACUCGGAACACUUCUGGUUCUGUACAGAAACCUGACUCCAAAAAGGGAAAGAAGAAACCAAAAACUAAUGGAGAUGUAGAAGGAGUUAAACCAAAUAUUCGUGGCACUUUUGUGACUGUUAAAGCAUCGGGAGAAAGUAGUGCAGUUGUUGGUAUGAAAGACAUGAGUGAUGGUGUGAUUAUAACACAAGAUAAUGUAAAUUCUGACUCUGAGAACAUGAGAUCAUUUACAAGACAACCUUCUAAUGAGAAAGUGGUGUCACUUCAAGAACAUGUUGUGAAGACUGAUGCUUCAAAACCAGAUGUUAAGAAUACUAAUUCUGAGUCACCAGGCACAUCCUUUCUUGGAUCAAUUCUUCCAUGGAGCAAGAAACAACCAGCAUCACUUGAAGAAACAAGAUUUACACCUCUGGAAGAGGCAAAGCCCUCUGAUCAUCUUAGCACAAGUUUCAUUGCCAAAAAAACUGAUAAACCAGAUGAAAGUGUGGAUAUGGAAAGUGUCUUCCAUCCUGAUAUGCCACCCAUGUCAAGUUCAACACCAGUUAAGAUGCAGCCAAACGAUGGAUACAACUCUCCAAAUGUCAAGAAACAAUCCGAAAUUCCUUUGCAAUCAUCUGUUGAGGCACAAAAAGAGAAACAGCCAAGACAGAAAUCAAUUCCACCUUCACAACCAGAUAGUCAACCAUCAUACUUAGCACCAAGAACAGUUGAUACAAUUCAUGCCAAUGUGCCUUAUACAUUAAAGAAGAAAGAUCUUAGUAAGAUGCCUUCCACAGCUUUGGACAAACCAAAUACAUUACACGAGUCUCGGUCUGAGUCAGUAAGCACAGUGUCCAGUUGGAAUGAGCACUCAGACGAUAUCCAAGCUGUUUUACAGGAAAAGGCAAGACUAGAAGGUCAGUUGGAAGCUUUGUCAGUAGAGACAGCUAGUGCCCUUGCUGAUCGAGCUCGACUCCAAACACAGAUAGCAACACUAGAAGCUCAAGUACACAACAGCCAAGGUCAUUUGCAGACAGCUUUGCAAGAAAAAUCGGAAUUCCAUUCUGAACUUGAAGCUAUCCAAAUGAAUCGUAAAUUUUUAGAAGAAAGCAUUUCAAAUCUGCAGAACAACAUUGAUGGUAAAGAAGCUGCUCUAGAGACAUUGAGAGAUGAUUUACGAUCAUCACAGACAUCCAACCUUAAGUUGCAACAGAAGCUUAGAGAAAUUCAAUCUGAACUGCAACAGCGAGAAGGAAAUAUUACCAAUCUUCAGGAUAGGCUGCAAGAAACUCAGAAAGACUUAGAUAAUGCUAUUGAAAACAGAGCACAGGCAGUUGCUAUUCAGAAAACCUUUGAAACAGAGCUGCGAUCAAUGAGCAAGACUAAAGAAUGGCUUCAGGAACAACUGAAAUUUGCGCAAGAGGCUAGAAACAAACUCCAAGCAAACUUUGCAGAAGCUCAAAAUCAGGUUGUACUUCAGGGGGCAAGUAUGGAAACCUUAAAAACUGAGAAUGCUCGUAUCCGUCAGCAGCUCUCCGAAACCCAGCAGAAGGCCCUGAAUGAGAAAGAGCAGAUUGCAAAACAUCUGGAGACAAUAGAAGCUGAUAUGCUUGCAAGGGAAGCAGCUUUCAUGGAUCUUCAAAGGGAGAAGGUUGCUGUCCAGCAAGCAGUUGCCACUAAGAUGGAUCAGAUUCAAGAAGAAAAACAUAAAUUAUCACACAUCUUUAUCUCCACCCAAGAUUUGGAGCAGCAGCUUGAACGAGCACAGAGAGAUUUGUUGACAAAACAGGCAGCAAUGUCAGCCCUUGAAGAAGAGAAGAGAGAGUUAAUACGAAAGUUCACUUUAACACAGGAAGCAGUAAAUACACGAGACCAUGAGGUGGAUACAUUAAAACAGCAAUUUGAUGCUCUUGAGAAACGUCUGAAGGCAUCCCAGACAGAACAAACAACCCAGAGUGAUGAACUGCACAGAUUAAAAGUGGAAAAGCUUGCCCUGGAGGCCGCCCUCGCAACUGCUAAUGAUGAAAAACGCCAGUUUGAUGAUGCCAUCCAACGACUGAGACAAGACAUGGUCAAGGUUGAGAAAGGGUUCAAACAAAUGAAGCAAGAACUGGGAGAAAAAGAUGGCCAGUUACAAGUUGCACAACAGGAGAGUGGUCAUUUGAAGGAACAGCUGAUGCAGAUGCAACAGCAUUUAGCAGAUGAACAAAAAAAUGUGGAGAGUAUUAGUGCAGAUGUCAGUGGUAAAAAUGUGAUGCUAGAUGAAUUCAAACAAUCUAAGUCUCAGCUGGAGUAUGACAUUGCUGCAUUGAAGCAGGAACUCCAGAAAAGCCACAAGGCUCAGCAACAUGAAACAGAACUGAAAAAUGCAGCCCAGAUAGAAGGCCAAAAAUUAAGUGAAAAACUAAUUGUGGCACAAGAGCAGUUGCAAGAUGUUAUGAAAGAGAAGGUGCGAAUUGAAGGACAGUUAGAGGUCAUGGCAGGUGACCAAGAAAGACUGCAAAAGCUCAUUGAUGACAACAACGCUCUGAAGCAAAAACUGGCAGAGUCUCAGAGUAGUACACAUCGAGACUCUGCUGAACAGGCAGCAACCAUUUUGAGACUGACAUCUGAUCUUAAUCGUGCCCGUCAAGAGUUUAAGCAGAAAGACAACGAGAAUAAAUCAACUACUGAAAUGUUGCAGCGUCGUCUGCAAGAUUUGAACGACGAAAAACAGGCAGCAGAAUCUAGUCUUACAGCUCUCCAAACAAAAACUGAGCUUGAUAACCAAGAGGUGAAACAGCAGUUAGCAGAAGAGUUGAAAUCUACUAAAAAACAACUGAGUAAUCUUAGUGCUACCAAAAAUGCCUUAGAGAGAGAACUCUUAGAGGUUAAAGAAGAUUCUGAUGUGGAAUUAGAUGCAUGUAGAGAAAAGAUAAAUCAGCUUGAAGAAGAGCUUUUGAGUGCUAACAAAGCUCUGGAUAACCAAAAGAAGAUAACAGCAGAGAGCAGAAAAUUGGCGCUGGACCUGGAGAGGGAAAGAGGUCGAUUGGCUGGUGUCAAGCAAAGUCAUGCACAUCUAAAAAACCAUGCAAGCGCUCUUGAAAGCGCCCUCGCCAAACAAGAGUCGUCGUUGACAGUAUUGCAAGACGAGCUGUACACACGAUCCAGCAUGCAGAAAGAAGACGCUAACAAGAAUAAAAGACGGUUUAUGGAAACACAGGAAAGUUUAGAUAGGGACCAAGACAUCAUCAAGACACUUAAAAAAGAGCUUAGCAAUGAAAGAUCUUCCACUGCUAAAUUAAAGAGACAAUUGGAAGAAAUGAGCACAGAAUUUGAAAUCCUGAAAAAAGAAUUUGACUCUAAAGCAUCUGAAAAUCUUGCCAUGCGUAGUUCUUUGCAAAAGGAAAAAGAGAUUGAGGAGAAACAAAAGGGUGAGUUAGAGGCAGUUAGACAUGAGGUGCAAAGAAGUCGAGCUAGGGUGGGCCAGCUGGAAAAAUUAUUGCAGGAAAAAAAUGCCCAGAACCCCAUUCAAGAAGACACGAUCAAGGCAUUGAAAUGGCAAUAUGAGCAGAAGGUAUCAGAAGUUGAGGCGAUGAAGGAACAGUUGGAAAUGGCUGAAGAACGUCAACAAAUUGAAAUAACAAGUAUAAAUGCUGCACUCAAGCUGGCUAGAACUGACUUGGAUGGUUUGAAAUCUGAGCUGGCAACAACUCGUAAGGAGAAAUUCUCAUAUAAAAACAAAUUGGCAGAAGUAAAGGCUGCCCUCAAGGCCACAGCGCAGCAAAAUAAGUUAUUGAAAGCAAAGUUAUUGGCUAAAAAGAACCUUGAGAAGAAAGCAAAAGCUCAGGCAGAAGCUGAGGCUGGGAAACAAAAACAAGCAGAGCAACUGCAGCAGCAUGCGAACCAACCACAAGACAAACUACCACACCAACAUGUACAAAAACAAAUUGAGCCAAUCCUGUCAUCUGCAUUUGAUGAUGUCAUCAUCCCAGAAGUUAGUUACGAUGUCGAUGCACUGAUUAGUAGUGAGGACACGGAUACACCUACAGCUGAAAAGAGCAGACCACUUCAGGCAUUGCAGGGCUGUCUCCAGAAUCUGAAAGACCAGAUGAGUCAAUUACAGCACCAGAUGGAUGAUCACACAGUUGCUGUUAACUCCUCACAUCAGACAUGGAAGGAAGUGAAAUCUAGCCUAAAUGGGGUGAAGGAAGCAUGCAUGAAGCCUAUAGACCAAAAUACAUCCCCAGCAGCACAACGGCCUAGCACAGCACACCAGUCAUCCUCUCCCGCACCAAACCUACCAAAUGUUUAUAACCUUUAGGACAUACCAUUAUCUGUGGAGGGGUUUUUAUGGUGUUAUCAGCAUGGUGCAUAUCAGAAGAUGUGUUGAGGGGUAUUAUUAGAACCAGUGCUUCCAGAGUGGUGAGGGUGUUUAAUAAGCAAAAUAUUACUGUAUGUACUUAAUGAAAUACUUUUUAAAAUUAAAAGCUUGUUAUUGAAGGCAAAUAUAAAAAAAGUUGCUUUGUGUAUAUAUUAAAACCUCUGCGGAAAGGUGAGUGGUUAUAAAACUUGUUUUUUAUGGUAUAUGAAUACUUUACUUCAAAGGUUACUGGUUUGAUUUUCACACCGACUACACAUUUUCUUUGCUUUAUAUAUUUAAUAAUAUUUAUGCUCUUGGUGCUUUGUUGGUUGCAUAUACUAAAAAUAAAAGGGUAUCAAAUUGUUUUUAAGGCAUAUAUAUAUAAUUUUUUUUAUUAUGCUCUUCAAAUAGCCAUAAUUAUAUAAAUGUAAAUUACUAGUUAUCAAAUGGUGCUCCAGUUUAUCCAGAAGGGGGGAAAAAUUCAUGGAGAACUAUUGUAAUCAUAUCUUUAACCCUGUUAUUAACCAGAUGAUUGGUACCAAAUGCUAUAUCAUUAAAAUAUAUAAUUGUAUACAUUAAUGCACUAGGAGAUAAUUCUAUUUUAAAUUUUACCGUUGCAACAUUUGUUCGUAUAACCCAUAAUCUGCUCAUCACUUGUAGUUAAUAACAGAAGGCUGUGUACAUCACGUGGGAACACCACUGCAGUAAUUUAUUAUAAGCACCGCACUAAAUCUUCCAAAAUCUGAUUAUUUUAUGGUCCAGAUUGGAUUGUAAUUAGGGUGUAGGGGACCAAGUCAAUGCACUAAUUUAAGGGACAAUAUAUAGAGGCAGCUUACAGUGCAAUAGUAAACCUAGAACAAAUUAUAUAAUGCUACAUAGUUUCUGCUUCCCUAAUUUUUAGUAACUGCUAUUAUUAAACUAGAAAUAAAAAUUGUGUUAAUAUAAUUUCAAAUUAAUAUUAGUAUAAUAUUAAUAUUAAGUAGCCAAAUAGUGCAACCAUGUAAAUUGUUUAUAUGUCAGGUCCUUUGACAAGAAACUACAAGAUGGCUCAAUAAUGACCUGAACCCACUUUCCUGUCAAUGAUUGAUUUAAUUGGUAAUUAGUAUAUGCCAUGAGAAAUGACAGAUCUAGUGUUCUGUUCACUGGUGCACGAUUUGUGUUUUAAGUAUAUUAUUUAAUCAGAUAUUGUAAAUACUUGAGAUAAUCAUAUUAUUAGUAAUUAACUGCCUGUAUUCAAUUUACUAAGAGUACGUUUAGAUUAAUGAAUUGAAAUAAAUUUAUAAUAAAAUUCAAUAUUUAAAUUGCUCAUUUAGUAUAAGUUAUAAGCAGACCUGUCAAGUCUCACGCAUCUCGCGGGAGUUUUGCGCUUAACUUUGACCUCACAUGAGGCCUAUAUAUUCUCGCGCAUUCCAGAAGUUCUUCAAAUUAUAUUUUUUUAAUGUGCUAUUUUCUCAAAACAAGCAUACAACAUGUACAAACACGACUAUCGGCACUAGCGAUCCUGAAGCGAUAGUCGGUGUUCGACGCCACCUCUCAGCAGAAACUGAAGAAAAUUAAAUAGGAUAUCAGUGUGGGACACUUGACUGUGUUUUCCUUAAGGUUUGUGACCUCGCGCAUAGUUUUCAAAAAAUGUCCAAUCUUAAGCAAGCCAGUGUGAGACCCUUGACAGGUCAGUAGCUAUCAUCUGAAAAUAUAUACCUUUUCCCAAUAAACAUCGGAAGUGGCUAAUUAUUUUGUUUGAGAACAAGCAUUUUUACAGUCCGGCUGCCAUUUCCAGUAUCUAGAGCUGCCUAUUCUUCAAAUUUGCUUCAAACACGGCAAAGAUAAGGUAAUUUUUGACCCCAUUACUGGGCAUAAUUUACACACUACUGUUUGGCAUUAUUAUGCUUGCCUACAUCUACUCUCAACACAUACUAAUAAAACUCAUGUGUGUUGUAGUUAACAAAAUGAAAUCAAAUGUUGAAGUAUAAAAAAACACUGGAUACACUGUUACUUGGUCAUUAAAACAAAUUGUACCACCAAUAAUUAAAAAAAAUAAUAACGCA